AUGGACCUUAGCAAGCUCUUCUUUGCCCCACCUGACACCGUCGCCGGCGAGGCUCUCGCCCGCGCCUCGGCCGCCAUGUGCGACGGCGGGGGCUAUGGCCGUGGGCGGACCAUUGUCUUCUCUGACCCUUCCACCCGGCUUGGCCUCUCGCUCGGUUUGCAGUACGCGCUGAGCAUGGCAGGCGCGAGCCCAGCCACACGCAUCCACUGGCUCACCUCCUCCCGCAACUCGCACGCUCCGUUUGGCCCUGUCCUUCCCUUUCGUGACUCGCUUCUUGCCCGUGCCCACGACCAGCCAGCCGACCUUGGCCAUGACCACGACCUCGACCGCGAUCACGAUCACGAUCACGAUCACGAUCAACUGCCAGUGCCGGAAAAGGAGCUUCCCGCACCGGACGCGGUGCCUACUAGCGACCUUCUUGCCCGCAUCGGUCUCAAGUACCUGUCUUCGGCCGCAGAUCUGCGGCGCUACGCCGCCCAUCUCCACGAGCUGCCCGACGACGAGCUCCCGGCGGUCAUCAUCGUCGACUCUCUGCUCGAUCUCAUCCCGGCUGGUGACGCCUCGCACGCUGACGACCUUGCCCGCACCAUCGCGCUCCUUGCCGACGCCGCCGAGCACGUUGGCGACCGCAUCCUGCGCCCCGGCGCCUCGGCGCACAUCCUCCUCCUCGAGUCGCUCGCCGACACCGCCCGCAUCUCAGCCUCUCGCGCUUACCCGCUCCCGCCCGAGCUCUUCCUUGUCCAGCACUGGAUCGACACCGUCGCUGUCGCUGCUGGCGGGCCUCCCGGCAUGCACUUUGUCUUCUCCGUCGUCGACUUCAAUGGCCACCCGGAUCCGCUCGCCUUUGAGGUCGAACUCGAUGCCCUGCUGCACCCUGCUGUCGGCCCUGCCGCCCUCUGCGUUUCCGCUGUCUCUUGCACACCCGCCGCCUCCGCUUAGCCAUAGCCCAUCAACCAUGAAAGAGACGAG